AUGCUUUUGCACGUUGAAGUACAUCUAAAUAAUGUUGGAGUUGGUCCGAGGCGACGUGGGUGUCUUCCGGUGAGCAUACUGCAUCGGCUGCGCUGGCGGUAUUGUCCAUCAACGGAGGCGCAAGCUGAGACCAAGGACUUUGCUAGUGCCGUUAAACCGUUCCUGCAGAGCAAGCUGCCAGUUUGUAAUGACGAUUCGAAUGCGUAUACAGUGCAUUGGAGCUUCUACGAAUCCCCUAAACUCCCUGCAUGA